AUGAACGUGCAAGAAAAGUGUCAAAUUGACAAAUGCAUUGUUUGCCGUCCAAACAAGGACAUCCAGUAUCAAAAACAAAUCGAGCAACUGAAAAUGCUUAUUGUUGAUUCGAGUACACACAUCUCGUAAGUUGAUAUGGUAUCUGAAAAGAUUUCAUUUUGUGUUUUCAGACUGCCGCACUUGCUCCGCAACACUCUUACUCAAUUGGAAGCGAUGAAAAACUAUAGACCAUUGUCCGCAAACAAUUUGAAAAUAAUUUUCUACACACAGUACAGUUGCAUCGAGAUUUUCGCACACGAUUACGUGGCACGCGUGUUUCCGGUAGACCAGCGAGCGCUUCUUGUCAAGAAACUCCGGAAGGAAUCCAAAAAAACGAUCCAGGCUCUCCGUAACUUCACUCGCCGAGCUCACUACACAAAUAAUCGAGACAAUGAUCUUGCAAAAUUGAUGCACUUUAUCCAAGAUAACGUUUCUCCUCCAACAAAGGAUGUGUAAGUUGCGUUCUGUAACAUUUCCAUCGUAUUUACUAUCAUUUUUCAGAAAAUUUGUCCAGAGAAACAACAUUUUGAAUAAAGUGAUCAAAUAUAUUCGACUGAAACGAAAUCUCAGCACGACGACCAACCAAAUAUUGGACGUGGAACGAUCGUUCUUGGAAGAGGGACGGAAGGUUGCGCUUAUGAUGGUUAAUUCAGUGUUUUCGGUGAGUUGAAAGUAGCAACGGGGAAUUGAGAAAAACUACUGUUUUUCAGAGGGAACGUCUUCUUGUAGCGCAUCAGGACAGCGUCAAUCGCUACGUGGGUGAUCAUAUUCAUGUGGCCUCGAAUCUUCUCACAAGUCUCAUCGCUUCGAAGUAUAAAAUUCCACCAGUCCAAGUCCCUCCUCUCCCAGUUUAUCAGGCUCCGUCUUUGUUCUCAGCCCCUUCUGUCCCAAGCAAUUGUAAUGUCCUGUCGCCAUCACUUGAUAACUCUCUUCUCCUCAAAUAUCAAACUUUUCCUACUACAAACCCAUUUCCUGUCAAUCUUACUCCCUCUCUAUCCGGCGAAUCCUCCAUUUCGACUCCCAGCCCACACUUCCUCCCCCACUUGCUCAAUUCGCCUGACACUUCAAGCAGUUCCUCCAGUACCUCAUCAAAUACCAAUGUUCUCAACACAACCUGGCGCCCAUGGUGAAAACAAUUUGGCGUGAUUCCUCUAUCAGCUCUUGGCUUUCAUUGUUUUAAAGUUUUUUUUUACAACACAUCCCAACUUUUCCCUCCUGUUUUUCUUUUUUUUCUCUGUUUUGUUUCGUUUUUUGUAAGUUACUGUUUAUUUAAAGAAAAGUAUCAAUGUAGCCACCUUCUUUCAUGCUCGCUGACGACACCUUUCUGUGAUGACGCAACCCCCGCCUCAGAGCACCAACUACGAGACUAUUCGAUUGCGCAACAGGGUAUCGAAUGAGCUGUUGCGCAAUAAGAAUGUGCAAAAGAGAAAUGAUGAGCAGAACAAGAUAUUGGAUAGGGAACGGAUAUACUGUUGUAUGAAAGAAUAAAUAGAAUUUGCUGAGUUCUUAAAUUCUUAAGGAGGGGCGACUAUCUGCAAACAACAGAUAACACUCUGAACAAUACCAAAUAAAUCCUAUCUCUCUAUCAAAAAAUACAUAAGUAAAGAGUUGCUUCCGGACGUAAAUAUAUAACAAUACCGACGAUGUAUCACCGAAAAAUAUGGAGUUUUUUAACUCAAAGUUUUCUUUCAUUCUCCCAGCCUAUUAUCUGAAUACAGUUAAAAUUAGUUAUGUUUUGUGUCUUUCUCUUGCAGAACACUUCCUAGGCAGCACCUUGUUGCUUCUUUUUCAAUCAAUCGAAUGAGUCACUUUUUCGUAACGCACUUUUCUGCGUCUCUUUCUAUUUCUUCUCCCCGCGUUCCGAUAGCUGACAAAUCAUUCAGUUCCCGCCGGGCCGCACCCUGUCGCCCACACGAUGCUCUCCCUAUUUUCUUUCAUUUUUUAAAUAUUUUCUAUGAUCUCAAUGAAUUUUUCUGAAAUUUUUGAAAAAAAGUGAGUUACAAAUACUUUGCAGCAUUUCGUUCUUUAUUUAGUCUGUUCAGAACGGUCCGACAUUCAAUCAGUGUGCUCGGAAAUGGUGGUUUCGGAAAAGUCCUUCUGUCACAGCACACUUCGUCCAAGUGCUACGUCCAUCGCAAGUAGAUAAAGGAAUUUUACUGUUUGAGGUAAGGAAAUUGUUCUAUUUUCAAUGAGUUUGCUUGAUUGGAUAUUGUCCAAAGCAAUUUUCCUUGAUUUUCUUCUGUUUCGUAACUUCAAUUCAGAUUCAAUUUUUCAGAUGUCUACCGCAAACAAUCCGAAUCAAUCACCCAUGCUCAGAUGCCGUUGGUAAUGAGAUAACAAAGCCGUUCCGAGUGAGUACAUGUCUGAAGUCAACCAAAUCUAGACGAAUAUCCUGUGUUUUCAGUGGCUCAACAAGAAAUUCGCCGGACCUCCGUCGUCUCAUCAUUGUGAUUUUGUGUCGUCCAUUGUGCGCACUGCAUUGAUUCUCUGUGGCAACAACUUAAAAAUGGCCAACUCCGGACAGAUUUGGCACGAUUUUAUGCUGCAUGUGUCCUAA